AUGACAAUUGUCCAUAUCGUCUUGUUCAAGUUUCGUGCUGAAGUCGCCGAGACUGUCAGGGAAGAGUUUCUUUCACAAAUAAAGACGCUCAAGAAUCUAUCAUGCGUCAAAAGCCAACAACUUGUCGUUGGAGGCCCAUCAAUUACAACUCCGAACGAAAAGAGCAAAGGAUACCAGUAUGCUUUAGUCAGCUAUCAUGAUAACCGGGCGGCACUGGAAGAAUACCAAGCGAGUCAUGAGCAUCACAGGGUGACCAGUACCUACUUUAUCCCUUUCAAGGAGGAUCUCGUUCGAUUCGAUUUUAAGGUUGAUCAAACAAUUGAGUCGUUGCCGGGGCUUUAA